AUGCUUGCAGACACGCGAAAGACGGCCGGCAGUAGUCGCGAAGCGCUACGUUCGAGCAUCGUCGCGCGCUUCAGCGAGGAUGAGAGCCUCAUGGAAACUUUCGGGCCCGUGCUCUCGAUUGUCGACGCGCUCGAACGGAUGUACGAGGAAUAUUCCGUCACGUCAACGAGUGGGACGCUUAGGAUCAGAGCGCUCGGCGCCUCGGACGCGUUCGAGCUCGCCCGCUGGCGCACGUUCGCCGCGCUCGCUGUGCUGCUCGAGAACUGCGAACGCGUCGAAGUCGAGUUCAUCGGUCCGACUUUGCGACGCCUUUAUCCAGGUGUGGUGUGUGAAGCGACGUCGACAGAUGGUUCCGGGCGGCUGCGCAUUCAGGCAAUUCGUGGCUUGUAUCCCGAAGUCAGCGAUGUCGCGUCAGCGUCGGCAUCUGAAGCAGCAGCUUACGACGUCGUCGUCGCGUUUAACGCGGGAUUGCCAGUGGGCGGCGACUGGGCGCGCGCUAUUGAGCGAAUCGUCAGUGAGCACGUCGAUGCGUUUGCAGCUAACGCACCAUCGUUAGGAAACGUCGCGCCUCCUUUUUGGGUGAGCGAUUACAACGAAGAAGCGAUAGACAUAGCCUUUGCGUUUCUUCGGCACGUCGUCCAACGUGUUCUCGAAUCUCGAAACGUUGACUCGCGCGCCGAAGCUAUUUAUUUGGAGCCGUACUCGAACGCUGCAUACCAGUCGCGUAAACGUAUAAGUUCUUGUACGGUACCGACGCACGCGAAUGCUUACGCGUGCGCGUUCGUCGGCUUGUCGCGAUUAGAAGAAUAG